UUCAAAAAAUAUAAAAAAUUAAAAAAAAGUUUUUGUUUAAAACUCUCAUUUAACGUUUAUGUUCUUUAUUUAGAACAAAUGUUUUUGUUUAAAGAAUUUAGUGUUAAGCACGUGUUAUUGUGUUUUCUAUUAAUAAAUGUUAUCAAUCGCAUAAAUUCUCAAUUCAUUGUUGACGAAGAUGAGGAAGAUAGUAAUGAGGAUGAAACGGAAGAGGAGAAGGCUGAACGUAAAAGUAUUACAGAGGAUUCCUAUUUGACAGUGGAUCAAUUAAUUGCUAAAUAUGGUUAUCCAGCUGAAGUCCAUACAGUCACCACAGAUGAUGGUUACAUUUUAACUAUGCAUCGUAUACGUGGUAAACAAGGCUCUCAGCCAUUCUUUUUACAACAUGGUCUUGUUGAUAGCUCUGCUGGUUAUGUUAUUAUGGGUCCAAACGUAAGUCUUGCCUAUCUACUUGCCGAUCGAAACUACGAUGUCUGGCUGGGCAAUGCACGUGGUAAUCGUUAUUCCCGCAAUCACACCACCCUCGAUCCGGAGGGUAAAAAAUUCUGGGAAUUUAGUUGGCAUGAAAUUGGUAUCUACGAUCUGCCAGCCAUGAUUGACUAUGUACUCAAAACUACCGGUUUCAAGAAGUUGCAAUACGCUGGACACUCUCAAGGUUGUACAGCAUUCUUUGUCAUGUGUUCGAUGAGACCGGAAUACAAUAAUAAAAUUAUAAUGAUGCAGGCCAUGGCACCGGCAGUAUAUGCUAGAGAAACGGAAGAGCAUCCUUAUAUAAGAGCCAUUAAUCUAUAUUUUAAUAGUUUGGUAGGAAGUUCUAUAACGGAAAUGUUUAAUGGUGAAUUUCGUUUUCUGUGUCGCAUGACCGAGGAAACAGAGCGAUUGUGCAUAGAGGCCGUGUUUGGUAUAGUGGGUCGUAAUUGGGCUGAAUUCAAUAGGAAAAUGUUCCCCGUUAUCUUGGGUCAUUACCCCGCCGGUGUGGCCGCCAAACAGGUUAAACAUUUUAUACAAAUUAUCAAAACCGGUAAAUUUGCUCCCUACAGCUAUAGUUCCAAUAAAAACAUGUUGCUAUAUAAGGAACGUGAACCACCACGUUACAAUUUGUCAGCGGUAACAGUACCCACUUAUGUCUAUUAUUCCUCUAAUGAUUUACUUUGUCAUCCGGGUGAUGUGGAGGAUAUGUAUAAAGAUUUAGGUCGUCCCAUCGGCAAAUAUCUUGUGCCUGAAAAGGAAUUUAAUCAUAUGGAUUUCUUGUGGGCUAUAAAUGUUAGAAGAUUGGUUUAUGCCAGAAUGCUGCAAGUAUUAAGUGGUAAGACGACCACUAAGGAGAAACGUGAUAAUGUGAGUGUUUACCCAACGGUGGGUAAGGAAGCUCCGAAAGUGUUAACGGUUUAGAAGUGAAGAACAUAGUGAAAUGGUGGUAUUUUUUUAAUUAUUUAGUUAUUUAAGUAUUUAUUGUUGUAAUUUUAAGUAUUUAUUUUUUU